AUGCAACUGAUGGUUUUGAGUUUGGAUUUCCAGGUGAGAGACUUGUAUGGAUUGAUGAGGGAAAUUCCGAAGAGGCCAACCAUUAUGUUAAACUUACUCCGGCGCCAAUAUUGGGCGAUCCACAAGUUGCCGAGAAUGGAAACUCUGCAAGUCUCAUUACGCUUUAAUUUAUGUUGCUUUCGCCAUUUGAUACGGUUUCUCUCUUCACUUCUAGUGUUAUUCGAAUACGGACUUUACCAUUUAAUAGUACCAUUUUCAAGUGCAUCCAUCGUUUUUUCAGCACAAAAGACUCUUGAUCACACGAGCAAACUUCCCUUCAAGAAAAGCUGGAGCAAACAUUUCAGGGAGAUCCGAGAAGAUACCAAUUACGAUGGAGAUGAACCUGAUGACGAGCUUCAAGAAGAACACGGUCUGAUUUUCAUAGGCGUUGCAGGAACCAUAGCCAAUAAUUGCGUUGGCGACAUUCCAAAAAAUAUGACCUCUGUUUUGAUUUAUUUAUACAAUAGGCUCAAUGUUGGCUUCGUUUGGUAUUGUCUGAGGAAGAUGAUUUUAGGACAGACAUUGAUGAAAGAGGAGAGAUUUUUCGCCGUGAAAGAUUUGUAUGGGGAUGAUGCCACCCCUUGGGAGUUAUUAUCCGAUGAUCUUCCAUGGCAGAUUGUGAUGGAUUCAAUGGACACAAUUGUGGAAUCUCAGAAAACCCUGUACGUUUUCACUGUCCUCUCCGAAGUUGGGGACAAAAAUUCAAAGAACAAUAAGCAGAAAAACAGAGUGGCUGGUUGUGGUAGUUGGCAUGUUCAUUCUUCGGCCAAGACAGUCAUGGCCAAUAAUGGAACAAGAAGGAAAAUCGGAGAAAGUAAGAGAUUUACGUUUGAAUCCAAAGAUCAAACUGUUGGGCAGUGGACAAUGACAGAAUAUUCAAUUGAUGCUGCUGCCAAUGGCAUUCCAGAAGCGGGGAAAAUCAACCCUUCUGACUUUGUUUUGUGCAAAAUCAAAAGGGAUGAUUCCAAGUCUUCCAAGGGAGGAAAAAUUGUCAGUCGAAAGAGGAAGAAUGAGAAUAUCCCUGCAGAUGAAGUCGAGAGUUCCGAUACAAUCGAUAAUGUCAAGGCUAAGAUUCAGGACAAGGAGGGGAUCCCGCCGGACCAGCAGCGGUUGAUCUUCGCCGGAAAGCAGCUCGAGGAUGGCAGAACCCUCGCCGAUUACAACAUCCAGAAGGAAUCCACCCUUCACCUUGUUCUCCGCCUUCGCGGUGAGGGAAUUCCGCCGGAUCAGCAGCGGUUGAUCUUCGCCGGAAAGCAGUUGGAAGACGGUGGAGAUUUUCAGUACGAUGGUAGUUUUAUUGUUCUAAGAUGCGAUGAGCUCCUUUCGUCUACUCUCGGCCUGACCUUGAUGAUCAACCUCAUUUCCUUCAAGUUGUUCGCUUUUGAAGGAAAUGCAGGACCCGAGAGACUGAUGAAUGAGAACUCUGAUAUCACUUCAGUAUUAGCCGAGUUUUCUGCUGUCCAACGCGGCUUGAAGCGCAGGCAGUUGAGGCUGCCGGUAGAUGUUUCCCCUGCAGUGUGGAAAUUGAUUCCUGGAUGUGAUGUUCUUUGGCUUUCAGCAGGCACAGAAGGUGAUGGUUUGGGAUUAGGAGUUGAAACUGGCAUUCCAUUUGCAGUGGGAAUGGGUCUGUUUGUGGUUGUAAAAGGCCUAGUACCGCAGCCCGGCUUUGAUUGCGACAUCACACUCUGCCUCGAAAAUUCAUGUGUUGGUUUUGGAUUCGGAUUUCCAUAUGCACUUGAAGAUGUUUUGGACCCUCCAAUGCUGGCACUGGAAGUGGUCUUCUGUAUGCAUUCGCAGAUGGUACCUAAAUCAAAUGUUAUUAAGCCGACAGGCUACUACAAGGGGCGAUAG